GAAGUAGUGACCCUGCAAGAAAGAAAAGGCUUCUUUUGAAAACCGACCCAUCAUCAUUGAAUUGAAAUUCAAUGAUAAACAAAACAACAGAAACAAACAACAUUAACAAUAACAUAAUAAACAUAAAGCCAUGUUCCUCUGACACAACAAUCCUCAUCCUCUUCCUUUUCAUCAUCUCUCAGAUUCCUUGUUUCUCAUCUCAACAAUCUCUGAGUCACUCUAAGGGCGGAAGUGAGAGCGGCUUGGCAAAGAACGGCUAACCGUUGCUUUGUCCAAGAAGAUGCAAAGAGAGCUCCCAAGUUAGCAUGUUGUCAACCUUGCUGCACAGCUUCGAAACCGGUCGAUGCCGGAACUGCCAAUGCAGCAGAUGAAUCUAAUCAUGCUGCUGUUAGUGCCACCUCUUUUAACAACAAAUCUUCACUUUCCAAUCUAACACCUGACUCAAGAUGGUGGUUGCACCCGCAGCCGAGUUCCGGAUCUCGAAAAGGUUUAACAUAUGAAGAGUUAAUUUCAUUACAGGAUGACAUUGAGAUUUUGAAAGCUAGUGAUGAAACUAAAGCGUUCAAAAGAAAUGAUGCUACUCAGUUUAGUGAUAAGAAUGAUUUUGUUGACUGCUCGAUGUCCUUAGAAUCAGAUUUUUCUUGGAUUGAAGUUGGUAAGUCAUGGCCUUGGUGGCGAACUUCGGAUAGAGACGAGUUAGCUUCCUUUGUUUCGCAGAAAUCGGUGAACCACAUUGAGAAUUGCGACCUUCCUCCGCCGCAGAAGUAUCUUAGUAGGCAGCCUUGUGGCUCUGCCGAUUCGACGGCUCGAUCGAAGGGAAGUUUACUGGAACUUUCUUGCGAUACAAGGCAUGUAUAUCUUGCUUCUAACAAGUCUUCAAGCAUUUAUAGCUCAAUCCAUGAGGAUGAUAUGGAUCAAGUUUUGGAGGGAAACCAUAGCAAAACACAACUGAUAGAAGCACUGUGUCGCUCUCAAACAAGGGCGAGGAUGGCGGAAGAGGCUGCGAAACAGGCUUAUGCCGAGAAAGAGCACAUUAUUACACUGUUUUUCAAACAGGCUUCACAACUCUUCGCCUAUAAGCAAUGGUUUCAGUUGCUGCUUCUAGAAAAUCUUCACAUUCAGCUCAAGAAUAGCAAGGAUCAGCAAAUCUCUGGUCUCUUCCAGGCUCCGGCGUCCUUUGAAUGUGGCGCGAAACCUUGGAAGACAAGGCAUAAACCAAAAGGUGAUAUCACAACAACAUAUGCUGUGGCAUUUGCUUUAGGAUUGAGUCUUGUUGGUGCUGGCUUGAUCUUAGGAUGGAGUGUUGGAUGGAUGUUACCGCGUUUGUAGCGGCCGCGGCCGCGUCGUAGGGUUUAGAUCUAAGAAAUUGAAGAUCCAUUUUUGCAUGCUUAGAACUUGAAGAAAAUGAGCAUGUUUGAUGGGAAAUGGUUAAGAGAGAAUGUGUAUGGGAAUUUUGUAUAUUUGUGUUCUUAACAUAGUGCACAUUUUCUGAAUUGUAAUCCCUUUUGUGAAGAAAUUGUUUACCAAAAUUGUGCAGAUAA